AGUGAUCAGGAUCUUCUUUGCUGCCUCUUAAAAGCAUAUUCCAAGACGAUGAUGGUGGAAAACGAAUGGUGGAAAUCGCAGCUCGCUCUGGAAAUACACGACGUUCUCCGAGAGAAAGAAACCAGAUUGCCACCUUUUACUUCAUCUUCACCUCAGUUAAAACUCAGGCGUUUUCUUGUUGAUUGGCUUGCUGUAUUCUCCGAGAGGAUUAAAAGUUCUCAUGGUGUGCUUCAUUUAGCUGUGUAUUAUAUGGACCUCUUUAUGGAUAAAUUUGACAUAGAUGAACGCAAACUUUAUCUUGUUGCGUUAUCAUGUUUGCUGCUGGCAGGUAAGUGUUAUACUCUAGGUGCCUGCUUAAGGUAAGACUCCAGCACUCCUUUCUAGCAUUUAGAAGAAACGGUUAUCGGAAAUAAAUUGUUACAUGUCGUAUUGUGAUGCUAUAAUAUGUAAAUAUAUCCAAGUUUGAUAAAGUUGAUCAUGAUUUCCAAAAAAAAUUAUUGAGCUUACGUACCUUGCUGAGAGAAAUUGUUUUGUUGCUUCAUAGAUCACAAUAAGAAAAGAAAAACUUUGAGUCAUAUAGUCAUAGAUUUAAUUAAUCAUUUUGAUGCCAUGUAAACCAACUUCUGUGAAGAUCUUACGAACGGAACCCUCUGAACCUUCGAACAAAGCGCGCCUUUCGACCUAAUUAACAUUGUUCAAUAAGGUAUUCGUUUUUCCCCUUGGGGGAAUUUUUCUCCGAAUUACAAAAUGUUUUUAGGCAUCUAUUUUUUUUUCUCGUUGGCAGAGAUUUUAUAGGCAAACUGAUUAUCGCUUUUUAAUAAAAUGACAUUAAGUUGUUUUAAGAAGUAGAUAAGAUUUAACACUUCGACCAUUUUAGCCAAACGAAUUCAGAAAAUUCCAACAAAACUCUCGAUUUAACUUUGGUAGAGGUGUUUUCUAGUGCUUUCCACCCGGAAAAAUGAUGUAUUUUAAAGUGUUGACCAUGCAUUCUUUUUUAUUUUUAACAGCAAAGUUUGAAGAAAAUGAGGACAAGAUACCAACUAUAUCAACACUGAAUGCCUACGUUCAUAACCUGUUCAGUGCACCAGAAUUUCAUCAGAUGGAACUCCUGCUACUGAAUUUUUUCUCAUGGAACUUAGAUUUACCUACACCUGUACACUUCAUGGAAUACUACUUGAUUCAUGCAAUUUCAGCAACAGACUGUCAGUCUGGUGGAAGAAGUCUUGAGGAUAACACCAAGCCAAUGGCUUAUACCAGGAAAUAUGUGCAUUAUUUCCUGGAAAUUGCUUUGCAGGGUAAGAUAUAAUUUCAAAAAAAUAUUUGGACUAACCCUCAACCCUUUAAACCUUUUGAGUGACCAGCAUAUAGUUUCUCCCUACAGCAAUACUGCUGAAUCAUUGAUUACAAUCAUGAUAAUAGAGGAAAUGGUCACCAACCUAAGAAGCUUGGAUUAAUAAACAAAUUUUCCUUGUUAGAUCCAGAUGAAAUUUAAAGAGAAGAGUAAGGAGAAUGUGGGUACUGAUGUUAGGAUGCAAGGAGUUAAAGGUUGUCUUCACACUUAAUGCAUCUCACAUCCCUUGGUCCCACAAGUUCAAAAUUUGGCAUAUUUAAAACUUCCUGGUUGACAAAAUGUGAGCUUAUCAUAACACUUCACCCAAACAUUAAACCAUUCCAAAAUGGAACAAAAACAAACAAGCAAAUAAAGUGUCCUUCCAUGGGUUUAGGUCCCACUUAUAUGGCUACAUUUGUAUAUCAUGACAGUGGAGGGGAUUUUCCAGUGAGGUACAGUAAGGAAGUAUUACUAAUAUAUAGAUUUAGCCAAGCCUAAAAGUGGAGCUCACAAUUUUUUUUUCCCCACACAACUUGUCCUGUCCAGGACUAGAACCCAGGUUGCUCGGAGCCCAGUGCACUGACCACUGGACUACUGAACAAAGCCAUGGCAUUGGCGUGCCCAUGGUACAGUUGACCAGGCAUGUCAAAAGUAGCACCUUGAACAGUUGUAUGGUCGUACAAUCAAAUUUUUUCAGCUUGAUGGGUUACUACUAUUUUGUAUAAUUAUGGGGCUAUGCUUUGCGAGCUCUGCUAUUAUUUGCCUAACUAUUUCUCUGUUCUCCAUUUUAGAUCAUUCAUUCCUGGCAUUUCCUCCCUCAGUGAUAACAUCAGCGGCAGUAGCUGCAUCACGACUGAGGCUUCACCUCUGCCCAUCCUGGACACCCCUACUGAUCAAGGUUACAUCCUACACAUGGGAGCAGAUCGCACCCUGUGUGCAUAUUAUGUUAAGGUACUGGAAGACAUAG